CGAAGACUGGAAAACAGAAGAGCGAAUGAAACGGUCUGCGGUGUAGACGGACGUCUGCGCGGAGGAGUCCUCACGCGUUUCCUCUCUCGAAUUUCAUGGAACGGAACGGCCUCUAGAGGAAGAACGCGCGAGCAUCUUGAGCUUUCUGUCCGUUUUCGGGACUUCGUCUCUAACUUGCGUUCUCUUCUCUGUCUGACAAUCCUCUUCGAGUUGACACUCACGUCGGAAAAGCUCCACUCUGGAAACUCCAGAGUUCACUCUCUGUCGCAGCACACGAAGAAGUCGCCCUCUACCGUCGUUCUUCUUGUACUCGUUCAGACCUUCCCCUCUUCCCUCUCUGUUCUGCCGUCUCUCUCACCUCUUGUCGCCUUGUCCUCUUGUCGUUUAUCUCCUUGUUUCACCGCCGUCGACUCAUCUCUGUUCUGUCGUCCUUCACCUCAACUCUCCGCCUUUCUUUUGUCUGUUGCUUGUCCUCUUUGUCUCUGAAAUCACUAUCGAUUGGCCAGUGACGAGGACCUCGAAGAUUCGCUUCCUCCUUUGUCUCCACUCUCUCGCCUGCUGCUCCCGCUUCUUCGUGGCGCUCUCUUCUCAGGUGUAUGUACACCCCAGCGGGGCCCCGUCUUGUGUCCGCUUUCGGGGCUUGGCUGACCUUUGCAGCCUCUUGGAGGCGGGGAGGAAGAGGCGAGAGCUCGCGUUGCCUCGCGUCCUCACUAGCGGGCUAACAGGAAGAGGCUGUCCCUGGUUUUCGUCUUUCUUUUCUCUUUCUUUUCUCCUCCUUUUCUGUCGAAAUGGACAGUUUCUUCUCACAACCUGUGCCCGGGCAUGGCUCAACUCAGCGGGAGUUCGACUCUCAAGCGAGCAGUUCGGAUCCGUCCUUCGCUCACUCCUCACUCGGAUCUGGCGUCGCCGCUCACGCCGCUGUCUCUGGUUCUUCCGACCGCGGUCGUGGAGCCCAACUAGCGGACCCGACUCACUUGGGACGCGCGACCGAAGCACAGGACGGCCGCGGUGCGGCCAGGGAGGAGACUGCAGGUCUGAGCGGGCAGUCUUCGACUGGAAAGAGCGACUACUUCUCUUCCCUUCUCUCGAAAAGCGAGAGUCAGAAGGCCAGCCGCUUCGACAGAGACACGUUCGCUCCUACCUCUGGAGCCCAAGCGCCGGCUGCAGGCUCUCUCUUCCCGGGGGCGGCGUUCUCCGGCUUCGCGGGCCUUGCAGCUGGCGGCUCCAUGGCCUACGAACCGAGUAUCGUCGUGAAAGAAGUUUCGCAAAACAAAGUCAAGUUUCUUCUGGAAAACUGCGACGUCUCCAUCGCAAACGGCCUCCGUCGCGUCAUGAUUUCAGAGGUUCCCAGCCUCGCCAUCGAUCUAGUCACCGUGUACGAAAACACGAGCGUCUUGCACGAUGAAUAUAUCUCUCACAGGCUCGGACUGCUUCCCAUCGACAGCACGCGUGUGGCGGAGUUCGUCAACCGCGAUGACUGCGACUGCGCGGACCACUGCUCGCGGUGCAGCGUGCAGUACGCACUCGACGUGGUUUGCGAACGCGACUCGCUCCUCGUCACUCACCGAGACAUCGUCGCCGACAACGCGCGCGGCGCCUCCCUCGCCUCGGCCGGCUUCCUCGACCUCGGAUGCCCCAUGCCGGUGCCUCUCCUCCGCGAAAUGCAGGAAAAAGAAAUGGACGGCAUUCCUAUCGUCAAACUGCGCAAAAAUCAGAGCGUGAACAUGCGAAUGACGGCGACCAAGGGCAUCGGCAAAGUGCAUGCAAAAUGGUCGCCAGUCGCGACGGCUUCGUACAAAUUUGAGCCGGAAAUCGCUUUCGAAGAAGACCUGCUCGCAAGGGCCCCAGCAGAAGUCAAGAGGCAAAUAGCUGCAUCAUGCCCUCGCGAAGUCUUCUCCUUCAUUGACGACACUGCGACAGGAGGCACCGGAGUUCUGCGCGUCGAAAACAAAAUGAACUGCAUCUUCUGCGACCAGUGCAAAGUCAAGGCUCAGGAACUCGGCUUUCGAAGGUUGGUUCGCGUCGAACCCAACGAGCGAAAGUUUCACUUCACUGUCGAGUCAACCGGAGUGAUGCCUGCAGAGCAGAUUGUGGAGAUGGCUUUCGACAUCUUGCUGAACAAAGUGACCGAGUUAGAGGGCCUCGUUUCACAAGCGAGUGCACGGGCGACGGGAGCUUCGACUUUCGCUUCCGCCGCAGAGGCGCGGCCGAGCGGGGGCUCCGUUCGCCUCGAUCUCGACUGAGGAAAGCGCGGAGAAGAGGAAGGAGAAAACAGAAAGAAGAGAAGAGAGAAAGAGCGGGAGCAGCGAAGCGAGAGACUUGGGGAAGACACCUCCAGAGACAAAUGCAUUUCCCACUCUCGCAGAACUUUCCGUCGUGCUUCUUUUCGCGCAACUUGCUCACGCAUAAAAUUAAAUCGUCUUUCUCUCAUAUUCCUCAUUCUGCUAUCUUACCAACACUGUGAGCGUACACAUAUAUAUAUAUAUAUAUUUAUACAUAUAUAUACACAUAUAUACAUAUAUAUACACAUAUAUACAUAUAUAUACAUAUGUAUAUACAUAUAUAUAGGUAUAUGUAUUUAUGAUUCAAAGACUGGUACACAUAAGUAUAUAUAUGUAUGUUUUUACUCAUACGUAUGGGUGUACAAUUUUUUGUGUUGGUGUGUGGGUUUGCUGCAUUUGUGCGUCUGCCCGUGGGGAUAGGUUGGCAGCGUAUGUCUCUUUUUCCUUCCACGAAAACUUGGACGGAGACGGCAAGACAGACUUUCUUGCUUCGUCAUUCUCUGAAAAAACAAAGGUGUCGAAAGAUUCGCUCGCCUGCAUGCACUGCUAGCCCGUGCGUGUCUCCGCCUCUCUGUACUUUCUGUCCCGCUUGUCUUUUUCGCAUGUUUCAGCUCUCUUCUCCCAUGUUUUCUGUUACUCGAUUUCUCUCUUAUCUGUGGGGCACCCGCCGAGAGAGGUUUAGAGAUCCCCUCGCCUCUCUUCACGUUUGAAGCAACGACGUAAAGAACUUUUUUAUCCGUCAUAAAGGUGCGAUGAUCUUUACACAGGAAGGUUUCGUUUCAGACAGCAAACCCAUCAAAGACUGCAGCAGACUCUGGUGUCAAAUGGUUUGCUUCGGAGCCUCAAGGCUCUCGCGCUUUGGGUGCCUUGUGCCCCCACAUGUUGACGUAGAAUGCGUAAUGUUG